UAUGGAACCCCCUGAAACGGAAAUGACGUAUUGACCUUCAGCUUGCAGUCGCUCCGACAUUUAGGCCUGCGAAAUCUUCUAGCCAAAGCUUAAAAAUGGCACCACCAUCCUACAGUGACCUUGGAAAAGCAGCAAGAGAUCUUUCUGACAAAGGUUACAAUUUUGGACUGUAUAAACUCGAAUGCAAAACAAAAUCAAGCAGCGGAGUUGAAUUUACAACAAAAGGAAGCUCAAGUCAUGAUUCUGGAAAAGUCUCUGGAAGCUUAGAAACUAAAUACAAACUUCCUGAACAUGGAUUGACAUUUGUAGAAAAGUGGAAUACUGACAACGUUCUUGCCACAGAGAUUACCAUUGAAGAUCAGCUUUGCAAGGGUCUUAAAGUUGCUUUUGAAUCUUCAUUUGCUCCACAGACAGGUAAGAAGAAUGGACAGAUUAAGACUGCCUACAAGAUGGAUUACUUAAAUGCAAGUUGUGAUGUUGACUUCGACUUUGCGGGGCCAACUGUUCAUGGUGCAGCAGUCCUCGGUUACAACAACUUCCUGGCUGGCUAUCAAAUGUCCUUUGAUACUUCCAAGUCCAAGCUUUCCAAGAACAACUUCGCAUUUGGCUAUUCCUCUGAUGACAUGACUCUUCAUUGCAAUAUAAAUGAUGGUGCAGAAUUUGGAGGUUCUGUAUACAACAAAGUCAACGACAAGUUGCAAACUGGAGUGAAUUUGUCUUGGUCCGCUGGAAAUAGCUCAACACGGCUUGGUUUGGCAGCAAAAUACACAUUAGAUAAGGAUUCCUAUCUUAACAUGAAAGUAAAUAAUGCUUUCCAAAUCGGAAUGGGCUACACCCAGAACAUCAGGGAUGGUGUAAAACUGAACCUUUCUUCUUUGGUGGAGGGAAAGAACUUCAACCAAGGUGGUCAUAAGGUUGGAAUGGGUCUUGAAUUUGAUGUCUAAAUGUACCAAGUGGUUAGUGAUAUAUAAAAUACCUGUGGAUGCAAAGCAGUUCAUUCAUCAUCAGUGUUUAACCAGGUGAGGAGACACGUGUAUUUAUGGCGCAUUUUGCUGGACUGGGGAACACCCCAGUCUUCACCUCAUCUUUAGUAUUCCCAGUGUUGACACUGCCAACAGCACAAGCAUGGCAGAGUUUGGUGCAUGCAGAGACUGAAGACAGUUUGGAAAUUCACGUGUUACCUAUGAAUUGAUUGUGGAUUUUAUAAUAAAAACUGACCAAUCAGAUUUUGAUUUGAACUUAGAUUUAUUUGUUUGCCGUUUCCAUUAGGCUACAUUUGUUGAAUAGCAAACAAGCUGUUUUCCCAAGGUCUACCAAUCAAGUAUCCUUCAUUCGACAUAACGCAGGUCAGAUGUGUCAGAGAAUUUGUCCCUGAGAGCUUGUCAAAACAUUCAGUGCUGGUAAAUUAAUGUACAAAUGUGUAUCUUAAUUAAAGGAUUAUGUAAUGUG